AUGAAGAGUGGCGUGAUUGUAGGUAUCAGAAUACGUCCGCAGAACGACAGUGAAAUAAAUGAUUCAUGUGUGAAAGCAGCCAACAAAACAACUUUAGUUUAUUUCUCAAGUGAAAAGGAUUUUGAGAACUUCAAUUUUGAUUUUGUAGCAGACCAAGAUUCAACGCAGGAACAACUCUUCACAACUGUAGGUAUUCCUUUAGUCGACACAGCUCUAUCAGGAUACAACUCUUCUUUGUUUGCUUAUGGACAGACUGGAUCAGGUAAGACGUUUACUACAUUUGGGGAUUGUGAUAAAGAAGAGCUGAGAGGUAUCAUUCCUCGCUCACUGAAGUAUCUAUUCGAGAGACUUAACAACCAAAAUGAAGGCGGAGUGAUAUCAAGUGUGUCGUGUUCGAUGGUAGAAAUAUAUAAUGAGAAUUUGAUUGACUUGAUUGACAAAACUAAGUCGGAGAUUUCCGUCUCUUGUGUCGGAGGAGUUCCUGGCGAAACUCUGAAGCCAAGGAAGUUGCCAGUGAACAACCCCGAGCAAGUUUCAGUGACCAAUUGGGAGUCGACGUGGGCGAUUAUCCAGCGUGGGUAUAAAAUGAGACAUACGAGUGCAACCCUUUCCAACGAUCACUCGAGUCGGUCGCACUGUGUUUUCACUGUAUUUAUCACGAAGCAAAAUAACUCGCAAAACUCUCAAAGUAGUACAACAACAUCGAAAUUGACUUUUGUUGAUUUAGCCGGCUCCGAGAGACAAUCGAAAACACAAACUAAAGGGGAAACUUUAAAAGAAGCGGGGAAUAUUAAUAAGUCGCUGGUCACAUUUGGGCGAGUGAUUCACGGCCUAGUGCAACAGAGCGAAGGGAAAGAGUGUUUCAUCCCAUAUCGAGACUCUAAGUUGACACAAUUAAUGCGGGAUUCAUUGGGAGGGAAUUGUAAGACGUUUAUAAUAGGAACGGUGUCCCCUUCGAUGUCUGCGAUUCGAGAAACGUCGUCGACGAUCAAAUUUUGCUUUUCCUCGCGAAACAUUCAAUGCAUUGUCAAGAAGAAUAACGUGUUCAGUGGCACCAACGAACAACUAAAAGACGAAUUGGACCGGCUCAGAGCCGAGAAUGAAGAAUUGCGCAAUUGCCGAUUUCCAAUGGCCGACACAAAGGAACUCGAGAAGGCAAAAGGGCAGAUCCGGCAUUUAGAGUUUACCAUGUUUGCUAAAAUGGACCAAGAAAGGUACUUAAAAGAAGUGAUCGAAGAGCUCAAAGGGAAAGUCAAAGACAAAGACAAUGAGCUUCUUGAGUGGAAGAAGAAGUGCAAAGAGAUGGAAGACAAGCGCAAAAUGCUUGAGCGGAGUAUUGAGAAUUUCAGGAGUCAAAAGAAGACGGUCAACGAAAUGAAGAAAUUUGUGACGGACGAGAUGGAGAGGUGGAAAGUGGUAGAACAGGAGAAUCCUGAACUAUUGAGUCUGAAGAAUGAAAAUAAAGAGUUGAAGGAACAAAUUGAGAAGACAUUGAACGGAGAGAAUCGCGACGAACUCAAUUUGGUGAUCAUGGAAAAGAGUGACGAGAUCACCGUGUUAAUGAAACAACUCCGAGAAGUGUCGGAGGAGAAACAAAAUUUAGAAAAAGAAAAGGACGCACUGAAGAAAAACGCGACCGAGUGCGUCGUCAACGAGUUCAAAGACAAAUUGAAGAACUGUGAAAUGCAAAUCGUCGAAUUCAAAUGCGCUUUGGAGCAUCGAGAAAAGAGAAUCGAAGACUUGACUAUCGAUAACGAAGCACUUGUGGUAAUGGUCGAUCAACUGACAGAUAGAAUUGGAAAAUACUCAAGAAAAAGUGUGAUGGAAUUGAAAGAAGAAGUACUCAAAUGCGACGAAAAGAAGAUGGAAAUGUGUUGA